AAGCAGCGAACAAUGAAGUGGAAGAUUUGAAGGAACUCCUAACAAAAGAAGAAGCGGUGCGGGAAAGUGCUGUCGAAAAGAACAGACAGAUUGAGCAUGCACUUAAGGACCGCGAGAAGGAAACAGAGAAUUUGCAGGUCGAGUUGAACGAAGCGCUUGAGAAGCUCGUAACAAUUGAAAGCAAGUUGGAACAAUCAGAAUCCAGCCGAUUGAGUUUGUUGAGUGACGUCAGAGUGUUAGAAACCACCAAUUCAAAGCUGGCUUCCAGUAAAGAAAUUCUGUUUGAAGACUUCAAUAAAUUGCAAGAAAAAUACUUGGAACAAGAGAGCUUAUUGCAAGAACUGCAAUCGAAUCCAACAAACAGGAGUCACAGAAAUCCUGAAAACAGCAGCUCGUUUAUCCAACAAUCGGUCAAUUUAGGACAGGAAGUGGUUGAUCUGUUACUACGAGAAAAAGAUCAAGAAAUUGCCUCUCUCAAAACAGAAAUUGAAGAUCUAAGGGAAGAAUAUUUAGGAAUUGAACUGCGCAGAGAAAAGGAAAUAACCGAUUUGAAGAAAGAAAUUUCAUCAUUCGUUCAAAAAAAUGAGACGUUAGAAGAAGAAAAACUAGAAUUGAUAAAAAAAGUCGAUGGUCAAAAACUUCAAUUUCAGGGAUGACUAAGUUAAUUGAGACGCGGACUAGUGAAGCAGAGAAAUUGAGGAAUGAUUGGUCUGUAUACAAAAGGCUAAAAGAAGAAGAGAUUGUAAACUUGAAUGGCAAAAAUUUAACACUCCAGCAGGAAAUUGAAAACUUGACUGAACAGUUAUCCAUUAACGAAAAAGAAAUAUUAACAAUUCAAGAAGAACUUGAGAAUGUGGAGAAGGAGUAUUCAGAAAAAGAUCUGAUGAAGCAAGAGCAAUUGCUUGAGUUGACAAAAAGAAUUGACGCUCAUAAUAAUAUGAUUUCAGAUAUGGGACAAGAGCAAAUUAAGAUGGAGAGUGAAAUAGAGCAACUGAAGAAAGAACUAUCAGAUAUUGAAAUCUUGAAAGAGAAAGCUAUUGCUGACUUGAAUAGCAAAACUCUAUCUUUCAGACAGGAAAUUGAAAAGUUAAAUGAGCAAGUAUCAAUCAAAGAACACGAAAUAUCCUCACUUAACGCUGAUCUUGCAAAUCUAAACCAGGAGUAUAAAGAGAAAGAUCUGAUGAAGCAAAAGGAGUUACUUGAACUGACAAAAACAUUGGAUGCUCGCAACAAUACAAUUUCUGAAAUGGGAAAAGAGCUAGAUAGGUUGCACAAUGAAAUGGAGCGUGUAAAGAACGAAUUCUCAGAACAAGAAGUAUUGAAAGAAAAAGAAAUUGCCGAUUUGAAUGACAAUACUUCAUGUUUAAGGCAGGAAAUUGAAAACUUGAAUGAAAAAUUAUUCAUCAAAGAGCAUGAAAUAUCAUCUCUUCAAGAAGAUCUUUUGAACCUGCAAAAAGAGUACAGAGAAAAAGAUUUAAGGAAUCAGCAGCAAUUGCUUGAGUCAACCAAAACAAUCGAUGACCUUGAAAAAACAAUUUCAGAACUGGAUAAGAAGCAAGAAAGGAUGCAGAGUGAAAUGGAGCAACAGAAGAAAGAAUUUGCCGAAAAAGAGGUGGUCAAAGAAAAGGAGAUCGCCGACUUGAAUAACGAAACUUUAUCUUUCAGGCAAGAAAUUGAAAAGUUGACAGAACAAGUAUCCGGUAAAGAGCUUGAGAUAUCAACACUACUCGGGGAACUUGAGAAUAUGGAGAAGGAGUUUACAGAAAAACAUUCAAUCAAGCAACAGGAAUUAGUCGAGUUGACAAAAACAUUAGAUUCACGCGACAAAACCAUUUUAGAGUUGGAAAAAGAGCAAGAGAAGUUGCAGAGUGAAAUGGAGCAGCUGAAGAAGGAAUUCUCUGAAAAAGAAUUGCUGAAAGAAAAAGAGAUUGUCGACUUGAAUAAAGAAAGUUCAUCUUUGAGGCAAGAAAUUGAAAGGUUGACUGAUAAAAUAUCCAGUAAAGAACUUGAAAUUUCAACACUUCACGUUGAUAUUGAGCACCUAAAGAAGGACUAUGAAGAAAAAGAGUGUAUGAAGCAACAGGAAUUGCUUGAGUUAACAAAAACAAUCGAUGUUCAAAAAGAUAAUAUUUCGAAAUCGGAAAUAGAGCAAGAAAGGUUGCAGAAUGAAAUGGAACAACUGAAGAAAGAAUUAACAGAAAGAGAAUUAAUGAAGGAAAAAGAUAUUACGGAUUUGAAUAGCAAAAUUGUAUCUUACCGUCAAGAAAUUGAUGAAUUGAAUGAACAAGUAUCCAUUAAAAAUGAUGCAUUAUCCUCGCUACACUUGAAUCUUGAAAAUCUGGCAAAGGAAUACAACGAGAAAUAUCAGACGAAACAACAAGAAUUACUUGAAUUGACUAAAACAAUGAAUGCUCAGAACAAUACGUUGUCAGAUAUGGAAAAAGAGCAAGAUAGAUUACAGAGUGAAUUGGAUCAACUGAAGAAAGAAUUCUCUGAAAAAGAAUUACUCAAAGAAAAAGAAAUUGAUAACUUGAAUAACGAAAAUUCAUCUUACAGGAAGGAAAUCGAAAGGCUGACUGAACAAGCAUCCAUCAGAGAAAAUGAAAUUUCCUCACUCCACGUUGAUCUUGAGAACCUAGAUAAGGAGUAUACAGAGAAAGACUUAAUGAAGCAAGAGGAAUUGCUUGAGUUGAGCAAAACAAUUGAUGCUCAAAAAGAUACUAUUUCGGAGUUGAAAAAAGAUCAAGAAAAUAUGCAGAUUGAAAUGGAGCAAAUGAAGAAAGAAUUCUCAGAAAAAGAAGUGUUGAAAGAAGAAGUGAUUGCAAAUUUGAAUAACAAUACUUCUUGUCUAAGAGAGGAAAUCAGCAAGUUGAAUGAACUCGUAUCCAUCAAAGAGCAUGAAAUAUCUUCCCUUCAAGAAGAAAUUGAGCAGCUCAAAAAGGAGUAUAUAGAGAAGGAUUUGAUGAAGCAACAAGAAUUGAUUGAGUUAACCAAAACAAUGGAUGCUUAUAAAAAUACAAUUUCCGAGUUGGAAAAGGAGAAAAAUAGUAUGCAGAGUGAAAUGGAGCAACAGAAGAAAGAAUUCUCUGAUAAGGAAUUGCUGAAAGAAAGUGAGAUCGACGACUUGACUAACGAAACUUCAACAUUGAGACAAGAAAUUGAAAAGUUGACUAAUCAGAUAUCUAGUAAAGAACUUGAAUUAUCAUCACUUCACGUUGAUCUUGAGAAGCUAAAGAAGGAGUAUAGAGAGAACGAUUCUACGAAGCGAGAGGAAAUGCUUGAGUUAACCAAAACAAUUGAUGAUCAAAAAUACACUAUUUCAGAGUUGGAAAAAGAACAAAAUAGGAUGCAGAUUGAAGUGGAGCAAUUGAACAAUAAAUUCGCAGAAAACGAAGUGUUGAGGCAGAAAGAGAUUGCUAGCUUGAAUAACGAUACUACACGUUUAAGGCAGGAGAUUGAAAGCUUGACAGAACAAGUAUCCAAUAAAGAACAUGAAAUAUCAGCACUUAACGUAGAACUGCAGAAUGUUGAGAAAGAGUAUACAGACAAAAAAUUGAUAAAGACACAGGAAUUACUCGAGUUAACAAAAACAUUAGAUUCACGAAACAGUACCAUUUCAGAUAUGGAAAAAGAACAAGAUAGUUUGCUGAGAGAAAUGGUGCAACUGAAGAAAGAAUUCGCUGAAAAAGAAUUGCUUAAAUUGAAUGAGAUUACAGACUUGAAUAACGAAGCAUCAUCUUACAGGCAGGAAAUUGAAAAAUUGACCGAACAAUUAACCAGUAAAGAAAAUGAAAAAUCCUCACUCCACGAAGAAUUUGAGAACCUUGAGAAAGAGUACAGAGAAAAAUAUUUGAUUAAGCAACAAGAAUUGCUCGAAUUGUCAGAAACCUUAGAAUCUCGCAACAAUGCUAUUUCGGAGAUGAAAAUAGAGCAAGAUAGGGUACAUAGUGAAUUAGAUCAACUGAAGAAAGAAUUCUCUGAAAAGGAAAGGGAGAUUAACGACUUGAAUAAAGAAACAACAUCUUACAGGCAAGAAAUUGAAAAGUUGACCGAACAAGUAACCAGUAAAGAAAAUGAAAAAUCCUCACUCCACGAAGAAUUUGAGAACCUUGAGAAAGAGUACAGAGAAAAAUAUUUGAUUAAGCAACAAGAAUUGCUCGAAUUGUCAGAAUCCUUAGAAUCUCGCAACAAUACUAUUUCGGAGAUGAAAAUAGAGCAAGAUAGGGUACUCAGUGAAUUGGAUCAACUGAAGAAAAAAUUCUCUGAAAAGGAAAGGGAGAUUACAGACUUGAAUAACGAAGCAUCAUCUUACAGGCAGGAAAUUGAAAAGUUGACCGAACAAUUAACCAGUAAAGAAAAUGAAAAAUCCUCACUCCACGAAGAAUUUGAGAACCUUGAGAAAGAGUACAGAGAAAAAUAUUUGAUUAAGCAACAAGAAUUGCUCGAAUUGUCAGAAACCUUAGAAUCUCGCAACAAUGCUAUUUCGGAGAUGAAAAUAGAGCAAGAUAGGGUACAUAGUGAAUUGGAUCAACUGAAGAAAGAAUUCUCUGAAAAGGAAAGGGAGAUUAACGACUUGAAUAAAGAAACAACAUCUUACAGGCAGGAAAUUGAAAAGUUGACCGAACAAGUAACCAGUAAAGAAAAUGAAAAAUCCUCACUCCACGAAGAAUUUGAGAACCUUGAGAAAGAGUACAGAGAAAAAUAUUUGAUUAAGCAACAAGAAUUGCUCGAAUUGUCAGAAUCCUUAGAAUCUCGCAACAAUACUAUUUCGGAGAUGAAAAUAGAGCAAGAUAGGGUACUCAGUGAAUUGGAUCAACUGAAGAAAGAAUUCUCUGAAAAGGAAAGGGAGAUUACAGACUUGAAUAAAGAAACAACAUCUUACAGGCAGGAAAUUGAAAAGUUGACCGAACAAGUAACCAGUAAAGAAAAUGAAAAAUCCUCACUCCACGAAGAAUUUGAGAACCUUGAGAAAGAGUACAGAGAAAAAUAUUUGAUUAAGCAACAAGAAUUGCUCGAAUUGUCAGAAACCUUAGAAUCUCGCAACAAUGCUAUUUCGGAGAUGAAAAUAGAGCAAGAUAGGGUACACAGUGAAUUGGAUCAACUGAAGAAAGAAUUCUAUGAAAAGGAAAGGGAAAUUAACGACUUGAAUAAAGAAACAACAUCUUACAGGCAGGAAAUUGAAAAGUUGACCGAACAAGUAACCAGUAAAGAAAAUGAAAAAUCCUCACUCCAAGAAGAAUUUGAGAACGUAGAGAAGGAGUACAGAGAAAAGGAUCUGAUGAACCAACAGGAAUUGCUCGAAUUGACAAAAACAUUAGACUCUCGCAACAAUGCUAUUUCAGAUAUGAAGAAAGAGCAAGAUAGGAUACAGAGUGAAUUGGAUCAACUGAAGAAAUACCUCUCCGAUCAAGAAUUACUGAAAGAGAAUGAAGUUGGGAAUUUCAAUGAAAGAAUAUCAAGCAUCUCACGAGAGAACGAGGAGUUGUCUGACAUCAUAUCCAAGAGAGACAUGGAAAUAUCAUCUCUCCAGAGUGACUUGGAUAGUUUGAAGAAAGAUUUGUCGGAAAAAUUGUUGUUGAAGGAGAAAGAAGUAAAUAGUUUGUCUGCUGCAAUUAAUACCAAAGAUCAAGAAAUUUCCACUCUGAGACAAGAAUUAGAUCGCGUUGAGAAGGAAACCUCCGAUGAAAUCCUGGCCAAAAAUCAGCACUAUGAGAAUCUAACAUCAUUAUUGUCUGUGAAAGUGAAUGACUUGACUUCGUUGCAAACCGAAUUACAGAAUCUAAUCACAACCAAUGAGAAAACAGCUGCAUCCUAUCGACUUGAUGUGAGUCGGUUGAAAACCGAACUAUUGAAGAAAGAUCAAAAAUGUUUGGAGUUGGAAAAUGAGCUGGACAACAUAGCCAAUCACCAUGCCCGUUCGGUUGAAGCUAAAAAGCUCGAAAUUGAACGAUUAACCAGCGAAGUAUGCUUGAAAGAUCAACUGAUAUUCAGUCUGGAGGAGAAUUUGUCAGCUUUACAAACGAAUGAUAUGAAGUUGAAGGAAUCAAAUACUAUACAAAAAGAAGAAAUUGACAGAUUGAGAAAAGAGCUGGAAGAAAAAACCAAGAAUACAGACAAAGAAGCAAUUCGGAACGAAUAUGAACAACGUCUGACUGCAAUAAAAGAAAAGAUGAAAGGGUUUUGGCGCGAAGAUGUCAAGAAUAAAGCCGAAGAAUUUGAGUCCAAACUGCGACAGUACAAAGAAAAGAUCUCGAAAGAUGAAACUCACAUUGCCGAAUUGAGUUCUCAGCUGUGGGAGACAAGUGACAAACUGCUCCGCAUGCAAAAUGAAUACCACAAAAUGAAGAAGCUUUAUGAUGAGCUGCGAUCGAGCUUUGAUGCAGCACAUAACAUAGUCACACAUGCUUCAUCUGCUCAAAAUCAAGAUUCUUAUUCAAGAAGGAGGAGUCUCUCAGUUGAUGCGUUUCCUUUGAAAUCGAAAGAGAGGGACACUGACUCUCAGAAAUUUCUACUGGAUCUCCAAGAUGAGUCAGAGAGUGGCAAUCCUAGGCGGCGAAGUCUCCUGCCAUCGGGCAUGGGUAAAAAAUUCUUGUCUUCGGGUCGAGUGUUCCCAAGUGAGGAUGAGACGGGCGAAGUGUUCGACAACCGGAACCUGGCCGAGCUGAAGGAAGGCCGCCACGACUUGAAUGCCGAGGACGACAGAAUGAGUAUCCUCAUGAUGCGCAACUCGCUCUGCCCGCCGCAUCUCAAGUCGUCCUAUCCGGCCGAAACGCAAUUCCUCAUCCCCGACGGACCCAAAGAAAACGAUAUCAAGUGUGGUGGCGAAAUUGUCGCUCAGAGUGGUGCUAUCAAGAAGAAAGAACGGACACAAAUAACUUAUAAAAAGCCAGGUCCUCCCACUCCAAGUAAAAAUGGGGGUCGUUUAGGCAACCAGGAGUCGAGCGGUCGCGGAGGCGGAGGUGUGCUGAGAGAACUGCAGGUGCCGAGUAGUGCGAGCAGUCGCCGCAGUAGCAGCGGCAGCACCAGUUCGGCCGCCACUGAGCCAAGGACGUCCAUCACGCCUAGUCGGCUCAGGGCGCUCUUCACCGCCAGCGGCCGAAGGGCUAACCGCGACGAGAAUACGCCAACUGCAGUUAAGGAAUCACCGACGACGAAUCAAAGAAAAAGGCUCAGCUUCUUCAAUAAACAUUUCGGCAAUAGAGAUUCAAGAUCGCAGUUUUAAAAAACCCAGACUUUCUUAUUCAAAUUUUCAAACAAUUACUCAUCAACCUCUUCAUUUAAACUAUGAGUUAAUGUGUGACAUAGGUUUAUCCAUUAUCCAGUUCAUAAAAUUACGAUUAAAUCCACCAAUUUUAAAAUCUAUGACAUUGUAAAUAUGUGUAUGUGUCUAUACGUUGUAUGUGAACAUUUUUUAUGGUACUGACUAUUUCCAUGCUGAUUCAUUGAAUCAAGAUAAUAUUUAUUGUAUGUUAAUAAUUAAUACGUACUUUUAUAAUGGUAAAACAAAAAUGAUAUAGAUUUUUAUUUGAGAAUAUUUUUAUAACAUGUCUAAUACUUUGUACAUAAUUUAAAAAAUGUUACCUACUGUUAAUUGAGAUUGAUAUUUAAUACUAGAUUUCAAAAUUAGCCGCUCCCCACAAUUCAAUGUAAUUUGCAAAUUAUAUCAGACAAAGAUGAAAUCUCACUCAGUAUUCAAUUCUCCCAAGCAAAUUAAUUAUUGUUGUCUGAAUUGUUGAUGUAAAUUUGAUUAUUUUGUUACUGUAUAUGAAUUUCUUGUGUGCAAAUUGCAUAAUAUUAUGUGCCUAUAUUGCACGUUGAAAUUGACUGUUUUGUAUGAAUCUAUUGAGUUAUAUAUUGCAUAGUUUAUCAUGUCCAUUUUGCAAAAGUGAAAGAAUGUGUAUAUUGGAAAGGAAACUCAGUAGAACUUCUUGACAGAAUUUGAUCUUAAAAUUUAUGGCAGUUUCACUGCGAGGCGACCAGACGAACAUGUUUUCAGUGUACAUAAUAUUUUUAAUCGAAUCAGGAUAGCUGUAUUUUCAUAUUUUUCAUGGUUAUAUGUUGAUUUUUAUAUUUUUACCUAUUUUUUAGAUGAUAAAAAAUAUUACAUUAUUAUUAAAACUGAGAAUAAUCUUCAAUACUAGACUCUCCCCACAAAUCAAUGCGAGUUGCAAACCGCAUCGUACUAAGCAUUCAAUAUCAUUACAAUCAAUUAUUGUAUAUUAAUAUUUUAUUAUGUACUAAAUUGUAUAAUUGUGUGUCCAUAUUGUAUAUGCUUGAAAGAGUUUUAAAUAAAAUAAAUUAAUAAUUUUUUUUAAGAUAA